AUGCCUAUCUGCAUUGAAUGCCGUGCCCCCGUCAAAACGCUAUAUACCUCAUACAGCAAAGCAGAUGACCGCGCGCUCGGCAAGGGUGUCCGCCUUACACAAUGCCCUCGGUGCAAACGCUUCGCAGACAAGUACAUUGAACAUGACUUCGUCGUCAUAUUCAUCGACUUAGUCCUCAUAAAGCCGCAGGUGUACCGACAUCUACUCUUCAAUGAGCUUGGGCGAGAAGACGACCGCUUCGACGUAAGCUGA